CAGAGUUCUCUUCCUCCCUCCCUCUCCCCCUCGUCGCACCGCCGAGACGCGCAGAGAGAGAAUCGAGAGAGAGAGCGAAGAUGCAGAUCUUCGUGAAAACCCUAACCGGCAAGACCAUCACCCUCGAGGUCGAGAGCAGCGACACCAUCGACAACGUCAAGGCCAAGAUCCAAGACAAGGAAGGAAUCCCGCCGGACCAGCAGCGGCUGAUCUUUGCCGGGAAGCAGCUCGAGGAUGGCCGGACUCUGGCGGACUACAACAUCCAGAAAGAGUCCACGCUCCAUCUCGUCCUGAGGCUCCGCGGAGGGAUCAUCGAGCCUUCUCUGAUGGCUUUGGCUCGCAAGUACAAUCAGGACAAGAUGAUCUGCCGCAAAUGUUAUGCCCGCCUGCAUCCAAGAGCUGUCAACUGCCGCAAGAAGAAAUGUGGUCACAGCAAUCAGCUGAGGCCUAAGAAGAAGAUCAAGUAAACUUUAGGCGGUUACUUAGUCCUUACUGUUGCAGAGCAUUUGUUUUUACAUUGAAGCGUGCUUGUAUGGAUGACUAGUUGACUCCUUUCAUUGUUUCGACCGAGAAGAAUUCAUUUGGGCAUGUUUUUGCUUUUUCCCUUUGGGGCUGAGCAGAUGAUGUUGUUUUUGACCUUUGUAAUGGUAGAAAGUGAUUCUCCCUUGGUUGAA